CGUUGUUUUGGGCACCGUUGUUCGGUAUGUCAUGACGUUGGCACCGAUUGAUUUCCAAAGACAAAGACAGCUGACAAUCCCCUUAAUUAGAUUUACACACAGUUUGUGCGUGUUUUAUACAUCCAUGGCGGUUCUUAGUCGUCUGCUGAGAGCUAGAACGACCACUUCCUACACAAUUCUUCGCUUUUCCUCUCCCUAUUCUACAUCAUCAUCCUCGGAAAUUGGUGUGUUAGCGCCCACGAUAGCUUCUAAUAAGAGUAGUGACAGAAGGAAUGUGCAGUGGGUGUUUCUCGGCUGCCCUGGCGUCGGAAAGGGCACCUACGCCAGCCGCCUCUCCAAACUCCUCGAUGUUCCUCAUAUCGCCACCGGUGAUCUCGUUCGCGACGAGCUCUCCUCCAAAGGCCCCCUUUGUUCUCAGCUUACAGAGAUUGUUAACCAAGGGAAGCUAGUUCCAGAUGAGAUCAUAAUUAAUCUAUUGUCCCAUCGUCUUCAAAUUGGGGAAGAAGCCAAAGGCGAAUCAGGUUUCAUACUUGAUGGAUUUCCCCGAACCAUAAGACAAGCAGAAAUUCUUGAGGGAGUAACAAACAUUGAUUUAGUAAUCAAUCUGAAGCUCAGGGAAGAAGCAUUGCUUGCAAAAUGCCUAGGGAGAAGAACUUGCAGCCAAUGUGGUGGGAACUAUAAUGUAGCUUGCAUUGACAUUAAAGCUGAUCAUGGAAACCCUGCAAUGUACAUGCCUCCCCUUCUUCCACCUCCACAUUGUGCAUCAAAACUUAUCACCCGAUCUGAUGACACUGAACAUGUUGUAAAAGAACGUCUUCGCAUCUACCAUGAGAAGAGUCAGCCAGUGGAAGAGUUUUAUAGGAUCAGAGGAAAGUUGUUGGAGUUUGAUCUUCCGGGAGGAAUCCCGGAAUCAUGGACAAAACUGCUUCAAGCUCUAAAUCUGGAUGACCAUGAAGAUACAAGAUCUGCAGCAGCAUGAAUUUGGUAGGGGUAAGUUGGUCAUUCUUUACAUUGUAAAAUGAAUAAUUAGGAAAUUUAUUCUUUAUACAAGAAGCCUAAGAUGAUUCAGACUUGGAUUUGGAUUUUGAAGAUGAAUGGAAAUUGUUCAUCUUACUUGAAAGUAGUAGUAAGGUUGAUGUAAAAUAUUCUAAUAAUCCCAAAAUGAUUAUGGGAUAGAUAAUCAUAAAAGAAUUGUGGAUUUAAGAUAAUGAUGA